AUGUUACAAAGUUCAUCAUCGUCCAAUUGGGUUGUUCAAAAAUUCGGUGGUACCUCAGUUGGUAAAUUCCCCGUUAAGAUAGUUGAUGAUAUCAUUAAAUUCUAUUCAUCUCCAGAUAACAAAGAAUAUAAUAACAAUGUUGCCGUCGUCUGUUCAGCUCGUUCCUCAUCCGUUAAGGCAGAAGGUACUACAUCAAGGCUAUUGAAAUGUUGUGAUCUUGCAUCUCAAGAAAUGGAUUUCAAACCAAUCAUUGAAAUGAUUAGACAAGAUCAUAUCGAUAAUGCUGAAAGAUAUAUUCAAAAUGCCGUCUUACAAACCAAAUUAAUUGAUGAUUCCAAUAAAGAAUUGAAAUUGGUGGAUAAAUAUUUAGAAGCUUCAAAAAUCCUUGGUGAAGUUAGUACACGUACCAUUGACCUUGUUAUGUCCGUUGGUGAAAAAUUAAGUUGUCUGUUCAUUACUGCAUUAUGUAAUGAUCGUGGUUGUAAAGCUAAAUAUGUCGAUUUGACUCAUAUUGUUCCAAGUGAUUACAAUUCCACAGUUUUGGAUAACAGUUUCUAUACAUUCCUUUUCCAAGCCUUUAAGGAAAAAUUACAACCGUUUAUGAAUUCUAAAGAACGGAUAGUCCCAGUUUUCACAGGGUUCUUUGGUUUAGUUCCCAUGGGUCUUUUGAAUGGUGUCGGACGUGGUUAUACCGAUUUGUGUGCUGCAUUGAUUGCUGUUGCCGCCAAUGCAGAUGAAUUACAAGUUUGGAAAGAAGUUGAUGGUAUAUUUACCGCGGACCCAAGAAAGGUCCCACAAGCUCGUCUACUGGCUAGUGUUACACCUGAAGAAGCUUCUGAAUUGACUUAUUAUGGUUCAGAAGUUAUUCAUCCAUUCACAAUGGAACAAGUUAUUCAAGCAAAGAUUCCAAUCAGAAUCAAAAACGUUCAAAACCCAAGAGGUGAAGGUACUAUUAUUUAUCCUGAUAACGUUGCUAAGAAGGGUGAAUGUACACCACCUCACCCACCUGAAACAUUAAGUUCAUCAUUCUUUGAGAAAAAGAAAAGAGGUGCUACAGCCAUCACGACAAAGAAUGAUAUAGUUGUGUUGAAUAUCCAUUCUAACAAGAAAACUUUAUCUCAUGGGUUUUUGGCACAAAUUUUCACUAUAUUGGAUAAAUAUAAAUUGGUUGUUGAUUUAAUUUCUACUUCAGAAGUUCAUGUCUCAAUGGCUUUACCUAUUCCAGAUUCUGAUUCAAUGAAAUCAUUAAGACAAGCCGUGGAAAAAUUAAAAGUUUUAGGUAGAGUGGAUGUUACUAAAAAAAUGGCUAUUGUAUCAUUAGUUGGUAAACAAAUGAAACAAUUUAUUGGUAUCGCAGGUACUAUGUUUACUACGUUGGCAGAACAAGGUAUUAAUAUUGAAAUGAUUUCUCAAGGUGCUAAUGAAAUAAAUAUUUCGUGUGUUAUUGAUGAAGUAGACUCUAUAAAGGCAUUACAAUCAAUUCAUCGUAACUUGUUAGAUGCGAAGAUACAAGAAACAGAAGAGCAGAAACAAGAAAACUUUGAGCAUGCCAUUAAUGAACGUUUAGAACAAAUUAAAAGAUUAGAUUUAUAG